AUGUGGGCGGUAGUUGCCAAUGGUCUCCAACCUGUACACAACAAUCUUCAGGCUAAUGGGCAUGCCAAUGGACAAACCAAUGGACAUGCUACCCCUGCCAAUGGAGUGGCUGCAAGUAAUGCUAAUGAAUUGUUCCCCAUGAGAAGAGGAUCCGCCGUCGCCUUGGUCACACCCAUGAAACCCGUCACGGGAGAAAUUGAUUUGCCCGCAUUGGAACAACUCUUGGAAUGGCAUAUCGAAUCGGGAACGGAUAAUCUCUGUAUUCUGGGCACCACCGGUGAAGCCAAUACAUUGACCAUGAAGGAACGAGAAGCCAUCCUCAAAACUGCCGUCAAGGUUUGCAAGGGACGCAUCCCCAUUUUGGCAGGAUGUGGGACCAUUGACCCCGCGCAUGUCAAGGAAAUGACAAUGCAAGCCAUGGAUUUGGGAGUCGAUGCCAGUCUCGUCGUGACACCCUACUAUGUCAAACCACCGCAACGAGGUCUCAUUCAACACUUUACCAAUGCCGCCGAUUUGGGACUACCUGUGGUCGUUUACAAUGUCCCCGGUCGAACUGGAGUCGAUUUGUUGGAUGAAUCCAUGGCACUCUUGGCACAACACGACACCAUUGUCGGACUCAAAGAUGCCACGGGUGAUUUGUCCCGAUUGACCAAUUUGAAACAAGAACUCGACAAAUCGAAUGCCGAAAACAAUAAUGACAUUUUGAUUUAUUCCGGGGACGACGGCACCAGCAAGGAUUUUGCCGUCUUGGGAGGCGAUGGCAGUAUCAGUGUCACGGCCAACGUGGCACCGACGGCCAUUCACAAAAUGUUGCAAGCGGCAUUUGCCGGAGACGACGAAUUGGCCACGGAAAUUAACGAACCCAUCAAAGCGUUGCACAACGAUUUGUUUGUCGAAGCCAAUCCCAUUCCCGCCAAAUGGGCCGUUUACCGACAAGGACGUAUUCCCUCGCCCAUUUGCCGACCACCUCUGGCGGAAUUGGAUGAAAAAUGGCAUAAGCCUCUGGAACGAUUGCUCCAAGAAGCGGGGGUAUUGGAAACGACGAAAGAUGUUCAUGCUCCUUAA